CAGCACUGUCUGUGUGUAUCAAAUCCACUGCUGACGUGCCGCAUUCGAAUUUGUUUACGUGAAAAAUAUAAAAUUUAAGUUAGAAAAUCUCAAGGAACAUGCUGGAGAUACCAACGCAUAUGGACUUUGUGGGCCAGGGAAAGGCUGAGCGCUGGUCCCGUCUCAUCAUCACAUUCUUCGGCGUUGUGGGCCUGAUCUACGGAGCGAUUGUCCAGCAGUUCUCACAGACGGUCUAUAUUCUGGGCGUGGGCUUUCUGCUGUCCUCCCUGAUCACCAUUCCUCCAUGGCCCUUCUAUCGCAACAAUCCGCUGAAAUGGCAGAAGCCGGUCAUCACGGACCCCAAGCCGCAGAGCGGCGACUCCAGCGACGAGGGCAAGAAGAAGAAGAAAUAAGGAUUCCAAACUAACAUAGCUUUAACGUGUAUUUCCCUUCUAUAAUAAAAUCUCUGUUCUCGUACUAAA